GUUAGCUCACACAGAGGUUUUGCUUUCGUCGCUAGAUCUGUUAAAUUGUGGAGCCAUCAAAGCCAUGUGAUGUGAUCGCUUUAAGCUAAAACAAAAAGCUCUUCUCCGCUUCUUCUUCUUCAAUUUCUCCGAGCACUUUUCACAAAGAAGAUGGGUUCUUCACAAUCAGCGGAAGUAGGAGACGAAGAAGAAGAAGAGGAAACUGACAAUGAAGAAGAAGAAGAAGAAGAAGAUAAUGACAGAUCAAACACAAGAGAAGUAGACAAUCUCCUAGUAAAGAAAGUUCUAGAACAAGAGCCUGAGAUGUUACCAUGUCACGCUUCAGCUUCACCACUCUCACCACAACUAUCAUCUCUCGGAACUCCAAGGCUUGGACCAUCGAUUAAAGUCUGGGAUCCUUAUAACGUCCUCUCUCCGCCGCCGCAACCGCAGCCGCCGUCUAUCUUCUCUCGAAUCGCGUCUGGUGAUGAAGAUCGAGCUGUGACGGAGGUUUAUCUGAUUAGUCAUGGUGAGUGUGAUCUUAAUCUAAGACCUGAUUUGAUUGGUGGGAGGUGUCAUGUAGCUGCUCUUACUGGUAAUGGUAAACGUCAAGCUAGGGCUCUUGCUGUUUUCUUCAAAUCUCAAGGUGUUCGAUUCAAUUCUGUUUAUUCGUCACCUCUGGAUCGAGCUAGAUCCAUGGCUGUUUUGGUUUGUCAGGAAAUGAGUUUUCCAGAGGAUCAUGUACAAUCGUCAGAUGCUAUUAUUGAGAUGAGUUUAGGUGAUUGGGAAGGUUGCAAUCAAGCAGAGAUUCAUAGUCCCGAAACUUUGAGUUUGAUUGAAAGAUGCCAGCCUGAUUUCACAGCUCCAUCUGGAGAAUCAAUGAGGCAAGUAGAGUUUCGAAUGGUUCAGUUUCUAAAUGGGACAGUCUCAGGACUUGCAGAGAAGCUCAGGUCAGAUUAUUCGUCCACUACGAAUCACAAUGAAACCCAUGAGCGUGAUGGUGGUUCGUCACUUCCUUCGACUAACUGGGACUUACUUCACAAGCAUCGUCCCAGUCUUACAAGGAAGAAAUCUGGUAAAAGCAGACUUCAAGUAAUGACCAAUCACGAACCUGAAGAUGAAUCCCCAAGGGAAGAUGUUAAUCACAAUCACAAUGACCUAAGCGAUUCCACUUCCUUAACCUCGAAUUGCAUCGGUGUUUUCACGCAUUCUUUGCCUAUAAAAUGUCUUCUAACCGGAAUCCUCGGUUGCAGUCCGGUUCCGAGUAAAAAAGCUCUGUUCUGUUCCGUCUCUCGUCUUCUCCACACGGAGAGACACACAGAGAGACAAAACCUAACGACUUUGUUCAACAGAUAUGUCGACAAAACAGAUGUUUUCUCAUGGAACUCUGUCAUCGCUGACCUCGCUCGUAGCGGUGAUUCUGCUGAAGCUCUUCGAGCUUUUUCCUCUAUGCGAAAACUCUCUCUAUACCCAACUCGCUCUAGUUUUCCUUGCGCCAUUAAAGCAUGUUCGUCUCUUCUUGAUAUCUUCUCCGGAAAACAGACCCAUCAGCAAGCUUAUGUCUUCGGUUAUCAAUCUGACAUCUUUGUCUCUUCGGCUUUGAUAGUUAUGUAUUCAACUUGUGGGCAACUUGUGGAUGCACGGAAAGUGUUCGACGAAAUUCCCAAGAAAAAUAUUGUUUCUUGGACUUCGAUGAUUCGAGGGUAUGACCUUAAUGGUAGUGCCCUUGAAGCAGUUUCCCUUUUCAAAGAUUUAUUGGUUGAAGAAAAUGACGGAGAUCAUGAGGAUGACGCAGCAAUGUUUCUUGAUUCUAUGGGUAUGGUUUCGGUAAUCUCGGCUUGUUCUCGUGUUGCUGCUAAGGGUUUAAUAGAAUCAGUUCAUAGCUUUGUGAUAAAGAGAGGGUUUGAUAGAGGAGUUAGUGUUGGAAAUACUCUUUUGGAUGCUUAUGCUAAGGGCGGAGAAGGAGGUGUAGCUGUGGCGAGAAAAAUCUUUGAUCAGAUUGUGGAUAAGGAUCGUGUUUCGUAUAAUUCGAUUAUGAGUGUGUAUGCUCAGAGUGGGAUGUCUAAUGAGGCUUUUGAAGUUUUCCGUAGACUGGUAAAGGAUAAAGUUGUGACCUUUAACUCCAUUACAUUGUCUACUGUGUUGUUGGCAGUUUCGCAUUCUGGUGCUCUGCGUAUUGGCAAGUGUAUACAUGAUCAGGUAAUAAGGAUGGGUCUUGAGGAUGAUGUGAUAGUGGGGACGUCGAUAAUUGAUAUGUAUUGCAAAUGUGGAAGAGUUGAGACGGCGAGAAAAGCAUUUGAUCGAAUGAAAAACAAGAAUGUUAGGUCGUGGACCGCCAUGAUUGCUGGAUAUGGAAUGCACGGCCACGCGGUUAAAGCGUUAGAGUUAUUCCCUACUAUGAUCGAUUCAGGGGUUAGACCAAAUUACAUUACUUUUGUAUCGGUGUUAGCUGCUUGCAGUCACGCGGGUCUUCAUGUUGAAGGCUGGCACUGGUUUAACGCAAUGAAAGGAAGAUUUGGCGUUGAACCGGGUCUAGAACACUAUGGUUGUAUGGUUGAUCUUCUAGGUCGAGGUGGGUUUCUUCAGAAAGCUUAUGAUUUGAUUCAGACUAUGAAGAUGAAGCCGGACUCUAUCAUCUGGAGCUCACUUCUUGCAGCUUGUAGAAUUCACAAGAAUGUGGAGCUCGCUGAGAUAUCUGUCGCACGUUUGUUCGAAUUAGAUCCUUCAAAUUGCGGAUAUUACAUGCUGCUUUCGCAUAUUUAUGCUGAUGCGGGGCGUUGGAAAGAUGUUGAGAGGGUAAGAAUGAUAAUGAAGAAUCGUGGAUUGGUGAAACCCCCGGGUUUUAGCCUACUUGAGUUAAAUGGUGAGGUUCAUGUGUUCUUGAUAGGAGACGAAGAGCAUCCUCAACGCGAGAAGAUUUACGAGUUUUUAGCAGAACUGAACAGGAAGCUGUUAGAGGCAGGUUACGUAUCGAACACAUCAUCUGUAUGUCAUGAUGUUGAUGAGGAAGAGAAAGAGAUGACACUGAGAGUUCACAGUGAGAAACUAGCGAUUGCGUUUGGGAUCAUGAACACGGUUUCUGGCUCGACGGUUAAUGUGGUUAAGAAUCUGAGAGUUUGCAGCGAUUGUCACAAUGUGAUCAAGUUGAUUUCAAAGAUUGUUGAUAGAGAGUUUGUGGUUAGAGAUGCGAAGCGGUUUCACCAUUUCAAAGAUGGGUUUUGUUCUUGUGGAGAUUAUUGGUGAUUCGAUAUUUUUAUAAUUUCGUUGGAUUUGGAAUUAGAUGAGUAAUUUUUAUUCUUGUUUAAUCGGAUUAAUGUAAGAAAAUACUAUAACGAUUUUGCAAAUUUAUUGGUUUUGUUAACCAUUAAACUUAAUUCUUGACU